GUGUUUAAAUAAAAUAAAAUAAAAUAAAUAAACUGAAACCUUGAGUGAAAUGGUGUUUUUGGUAGAGUUUCGAAUCAUGUUAUCUAACAUUACAGUCACAGAUGUAAUUAUUGAUCGAUUCAGCUGUCAACUAUCAAGUACUAACUAAAAUAAAACAUAACUUCAGGGUUUUCUGUCGUUUACCUAAUAUGAAAACAUAGUAGCAGUAGUAUUUAGUCACACAGGUUAGUGGUCAAAUUGAGAUUUGAUCGAUCGAAUUAGAUCAACAGUAAAGACUAGAUAAUCAUUAGCAUUGGUUAGCUCUCACUCAUCACUUAAACUAAUUUUCUUAUUUACAUAACGGAUCAAAAAACUUUAUUCAGUCCCAUUGUUUAAAUUACCAGAUUCUAUUUUCCCACUAAUAAUAAACAACUGUUAUCAUCUCAGGUUUACGUGAAGAUAAUCAUGAUCAAAAAUGAUUUUCUAGUAAUAUUCUUGAUAUUUGUACUGAAUUCGAGUCUCUGAGGGAGGGGGAAGUAUCUAUUUUACCAUAACUGUUGAUAUAUUCUAUUCACAAAUGCCAAAAAGUUAAUCAACAGUUCAAACUUUGGAUUGAAUCGGUUGAAUUAUCAACUGCCGACGUUGGAAUUUUCACCGUAGAGUGAAAAAUUAUAUAAUGAAGCUUAAUAAUUACUGUACUGAUAGUUGUUAAUGGUUAUUGGGUUUUUGGAACAAUGAUCUGUGAUGUAUUCGUUAUGUUCGAUGUAUUAUUCUGUACUGCAUCAAUACUCAACUUAGUAGCUAUUUGUUUGGACAGGUACUUAGCUGUAACAAAACCAAUUAUUUAUGCAAAACAUAAUAAUAUGCGACGUGUACAAAUAUCUAUUGCAUUAGUAUGGAUUGUAUCAUUUCUAAUCGCUGUACCAUUAAUAUGUGGUUUAAAUAUAAAUCGUUAUAAUGAUCCAACAAUAUGUCAAUCAUUCAAUGCUUUAUACAUUAUUUGUUCAUCAUUAGGUUCAUUCUAUUUACCAGCUAUCAUACUUAUUGUAGUAUACCAACGUAUCUUUGCAUUAAUUAAACAACGACAUAAAUCUUUACGAUUAAAUCAAUCAACAAAACAACAAUCGACUACUUUAUCAUCAUUUCAACAAUCACAACAACCACUAAACCAACAACAAUCAAACUUACAUGACGAAGAAGAAGAAGAACGACGACGACGACAACGACAACAACGACAACAGAAACAACAACAAAAAGUACCUACUUUACAAUUAUAUGAUAGUAUUUGUUUCAAUGAUGAUCAAACUCCGACAAUACAAUCAUCUUCCUCAACAAAAGUUUUAGAAGACCCAAUACAACAUAUAGAACUUACCAAUGAACUCAACAAAAUCAGUAAUUCCUGUAUAUCAUCUGAAUCAUUAGAGAAUUCAUUAGAUUUACAUUUUGAAAGACCAUGUAAUGAUAUACUAUCACCAAAUUUAAAUUUUCAUACGGAUCGAUUAAUUUACGCGAUAACUCAUACUCAUCCAAUAGAUUAUUUUAAAUCAACCAAUCAAAUUCAAGUAAUGAAUUUAAAUGAAGAUCAUAAUCAUAAUAAUCAUUUAAUCAAUAAUCCAUUCAAUCAAUUAUGUACAUCUGAAACAGAUUUAAAUACAUUAAAAUCAUUUGAAUCCCCUAAACAUAUAUUGAGCAAUUCAAAUCAAGCAUCACUUAUAUCCCCGCAUACCAACGAUGAUGAUGAUGAUGAUGACGACGACAACGACGGUGAUGACGGUGAUGAAGUAGAAGAAGAAGUAUCUGGAACUAUAUUUCAAUGUGAUCAUGUAUAUAAUACAUCACCUAUAAAACAUUUACCUUUUAAACAAUCUAAAGAAGAAAAAGAAGAAUCAUUUAAAGAACAAAAUCAAAUUACUAAUAACUCUUCAAUGAUACUUCAAAAAGAAGUCAUUUGUAAUUCAAUCAAACAAUCAUAUACUUCUAGAUUAUCUAUUCAAAAGCUUAAAUAUCAUACAAAGAAUCCAUCUUGUCAUCAACAUCAUCAUCAUCAUCAUCAUCAUCAUUAUAUUUUGUUUAAAUCAACUCUUAGAAAUCUAUUUACAUUAUCAUGGAUUAAUACUUGUUUAAAUAAUAAUCAUUCAAAUGUAUAUAACAGUUCAACAUCAAAUGAUUCUAAUUAUUCAUGGCCAAAUAUGAAUGAAUGUUAUGGAUUAAGUUCUGAUGAAAUUACUGAUCAUUGUUUGAAGAAUUAUAGUGAUCAAGAUGAUGAUGAGGAUGACGACGAAGACGACGAUGAUGAUGAUGAUGAUGACGUCAAUGAAGAUGAAGAAAAUGAUCAUGAAUAUUCUUCAUGUAAAUGUUGUCAACAUUCAUUAUGUCAAUCUAGUUUUGAACAAUCAUAUGAUUGUAGUCAAUGUCAUCCAAUGAUAAUACAAUAUACUUCAUAUCAAUCAAUAAAUAAAAAUGGAUUUAUGAAAUUAAAUAAUGGAUUUAAUAAUAAUAAUAAUAAUAAUAAUAAAAUAAUUAAAAAUAAUCAACAAAAAAAUAAAAAAAUAAAAAAUUUAAAUUUAAAUGAGAAACAAAAAUUUAAAUUUAAAAAAUAUUCCCGCGGUAAACCCAUAUUUGAAUUCAAUGAUCAAUUUAAACAAAAUUUACAAAUCAUUAUACAAUAUUUCAAUAAUUUUUUUAAAUUAUUUCAUAUAAAUACAAAUAAAAAUAAUUAUAUGAAUGAAAAGAAUCAAAAUCAUGUUAAUAAUCAUAAUAUUAUAAAUCAUUCAAUACUACCUAUUGAUAUAGAUAUAAGUAGUGAAAAAUUAAUUAAGAAAAUAUCAUGUAACCAUAGUCCAAAACAUCAUAUAAUAUUAAAAAAUAAAAAUAUUUUAUCAAAUAAAGAGAAAAAAGCAACGAAAACAUUAGCUAUUGUAUUAGGUGUUUUUCUUGCAUGUUGGUUACCAUUUUUCUCUAUUAAUAUUACAUUAGGUUUAUGUAUUUAUUUAGGUUUAGAUCAAUGUAAUAUAUGUGAAUAUGCUAAUCAAUUAAUGUCAUCAUGUACAUGGCUUGGUUAUAUUAAUUCUGCAUUAAAUCCAAUUAUCUAUACAAUAUUUAAUAUGGAAUUUCGUAUAGCAUUUCAAAAACUUUUACAUAUCAAAUAAUACUACUAAUACUACUACUUAUACUACUACUACGACGGCGAUUACCACGGCUACUACUACUAAUACACUACUACUACUACUGCUACUGCUACUGCUACUG